GGACACCGUAUCACAAUAGUGAAAACUAUUUAUUAUUUUGACGUUUCAUUACGUAUACAUCUUUAAAAGAAUACUAAAAUUCAAACUGCAAAUGGUUUAACAAUAUUACUGAAAUGUUACAUAUCAGAAAGUUAAAAUAAUAGCUAUUAAAUAUAAGUUUUACUAACAAAUUAUGGCAAAUGAAGGAGUAGAAAUGGAUCAGACAUUAGCACAACGACUGUUAGUUGAAGGUGCUACUGUUGUUGUAUUGAAUGUACCAAGCGGCACAGAGUUUGGAGUUGAUUUAAAAUCAUGGAAUACAACAGAUAAUUUUAAAGGAAUUAAAAUGAUUCCACCUGGAUUUCACUAUGUACAUUACAGUGCUGUAAAUGAAUUUGGAGAAGCAGCACCAAAAAUUGGCUUUUUUCAUAUAUUUAAAAAAUCUGAAUUCUUGGUUAAACAAUGGGAUGCAGCAGAAGAGGAUCUGAGUUCAGAAUCUGUACCAGAAGAAACAGUUCAAAGGUUAAAGGAUAAUUUGAAAGACUUGGAUAGAUUUAUGGUAUGUUAUCCUUAUGAUGUUUGGAAACAGUGGAAGGAGUUAACGAAUCAUAUUACUCCUGCUAUUGUGGAACGUUGUUCACCUGUAUGUGGUUUUGUGAGGUCAGCUUUAGAGUUAGAAUACUGUAGCGAUGCCUUGAGACCAAGAGGUGGAACACCAACUCCAAAAAGACGGAGAACUGGUGGACUUAGUGUGGAAGAGAAAGAAAAGGAAUUACUUCCUGAUAUGAAACCCAGACCAGGUACAGAACUUCGAUUAUCAGAAAUACCUGACAAACAUUAUCCUGAUGGAGCAUCUCCAACUGAAAUCACAAAGUACUCUCUUGAUGCCAGCUAUGCAUUGGACAGUGUCCUCAAUAAAUUAACACCUCCAAUGGAAAUUAUGGGUGAAAUGCAGUUAGCAUUUGUUUGCUUUUUGGUCGGACAAAGCCUGGAUGCAUUUGAACAUUGGAAAAAGCUCGUUUCCCUUAUUUGUGGCGCCGAUUGCGCGAUAUCACAACGCCGUUCUAUUUACAUCGAAUUUAUGAAAGCAUUGGAGAUUCAGUUAACGCAUGUUCCCGAAGAUAUACUGUGUGAUAUUGUAGCCAACAAUAAUUUCAUUUAUCAGAAUCUUCGUACACUUUUUGCGAAUAUUGAGAUCAAUCCUGAACUAGACGGACGACUCAAAUGUUAUGCGUCCCGAUUCCGUGAACGAUUGCAGACCAAAUUUUCUUGGGAUUUUUCUAAUUUGCAAGAUGAGGCUGAAGAUGAUGCACCAGUAGUUGUAUCUUUAGAAUAAGAACUAUGUAUAUUUUUAACUUAAUUUAUAUAAUAUAUGAUUACAAUAUAAAUAACGCUAAGUAUGUAGGUGUUUUGUGUAAAUAAAUGUAACUUUAAUAUUGAAUAAAGAGGAGUGGUAAAAGAUAA